AUGUCCAGCGCCGCAGCCCUCCAGCAAAAGUGCGACCGACUUCGAGCGACCAUAGCGGCCACACGAGCCGCCAAUGCCGACGGCGGCUUCGCUCGCAACGACUAUCGAGCUCAAGCCAAAGCCAUUCCGCCCGCGCCCGUCUGCAGACGCGUCCUGAAAGGCCAUUGCGGCAAAGUCUACGCGCUGCACUGGAGUUCCGACAGUCGCCGUCUCGUGUCGGCGUCGCAGGACGGGAAACUGCUGGUCUGGAGAGCGCAGAUGCAGCACAAGGCUCAGGUCAUUCCGCUACGGUCGAGUUGGGUCAUGACGUGUGCUUUCGAGCCGACGAAGGGCCACAUGGUGGCCUGUGGCGGCCUGGACAACCGCUGCAGUAUUUACCGCUUGUCGCAAGCGCAAGUCGCGCGUCCCGCUCAGGAACUCGCAGCACACGACGGCUACUUGAGCUGCUGUCGCUUUGUUGACGAGUCGACGAUUGUCACGAGCUCAGGCGACUCCAAGUGCAUGUUGUGGGACAUUGAACGGGGCGAAGUCAAGACCACGUUCCGGGAACACACGGGCGACGUGAUGGCCGUGAGUCUGAACCCUCACGAUACCAACGUGUUUGUCUCGGGGUCGUGUGAUGCAACGGCCAAAGUGUGGGACAUUCGAACGGGCAAAAGCACGCACACGUUUCACGGACACGAGUCGGAUAUCAACUCGGUCGAUUUCUUUCCUAGUGGCAAUGCUCUCGGCACUGGCUCGGACGAUUCUAGCUGUCGGCUCUUUGAUCUACGAGCAUAUGGAGAGCUAAAUAACUUUAGCAACGACAAGAUUCUGUGUGGGAUUACAUCUGUGAGCUUUUCUAAGUCAGGCCGCUUCCUCUUUGCUGGUUACGACGACUAUAACUGCUACUGCUGGGACGUGCUGAGCACCACGGGUACGCACGUCUACCAGCUCGCGGGGCACGAGAACCGGGUCUCGUGUCUCGGUGUGGACCCCAAAGGACAAGCACUGUGCACAGGAAGCUGGGACACGUUGCUCAAGAUUUGGGCCUAG